AAUUAGGUGAAGACAUGUCUUCGUUGCAAGCGCCAUCUUUUGACUGUAUUUUGGUUCCAUUUUCAAACCUUUCUCAAACCAGCUUUUCUGCUGGUGAUAUCGUAUGGAUCAUAUUUUCAGUAUUCUGCACUAGGUGAAAAAUGACAGAAUCAGGAGGACAUGUGCAGCUUACUAACAAUAUGCUGGCUCAGCUGCAUGUUCCAAUACGUGUGAAAACAUUGAAGGAAAUAAAUGCCAAUGUCUUUGUGACUCUUUAUGAAGGAAUGAUGGGAGACAGAUUGCCAGACAUCAUCAGGAAUCCAAUGAGCAUAGAAGAUGAGAUCCAUAAUUGCCAGUGUGUGGUGGAUUCUAUCUCUCUUGAUAUACUACACACUUCUCUCUCUCACAUUACUGGGCAGAGUAUUGUCCAUGGAGAUCCUGGUAGUAUAAUGAACUUGGUUGAAGUCUUCUCUGGAUUACUGGAGUAUUUUCUUGAUAAAAUCGAGAGUGACAUUUCUUCAGAUAAUGAAGAAAACCCAGGUUAUUUGGAAGAAGAAGACCCUGAUGCCUUGACACCAGAAGUGCUGAAUGGUAUUCUUGAGAGAGAACUUGGGAAGGAUCAAGAGUCACAGAAACCUACAGCAUCCAAGACAGAAGUGGACACCACUAAAGACCUGAUUGCCCUUGGGGAGAGUGAUAGUUUUAGGGGACAUAUACCAGGUGGACAGGGCAGUGGUGGUAGUAGGCCCCCUGCCACAAUGACAUCAGCUACCAGUGCCCCACAGCCAUUACAUUACCCAGUAGCUCAGAGCUCUGUACAUCACAUGAGCAAGGAGAACGACUCUACUUUGCAGUUAAUCAGGGAAAGUGAGCAAAUUCAGAAAAGAUGGGAGCAAGAAUAUGAUAAACCUGAUCCAAAAUCACUAGGACAUAGCCAUGGGAGAUAUGAAACCAGCAGGAUGAAACCAGAAAAAUUGCACCCUGAUUCUAGCACAGGGGAAGUGUAUAGACAAAGGGGUGUCUCUGAUGGACAUAGCUUUGUUCAGUCCUUCCCUGAAAGGAAAGUAAGAACAACAGCCCCUACUUCCACAGUAACAACUGCAUCAACUACAACAGAAAAAAACAGAAGCAAUUUGGUUCACAGUGAAGGAAGGAUGGAUAGACAGAGAGAUAGUUUUUUUCCUGCAAAGGAUCCUAAAGACAGCCCUGUAGUUUCACCCCCAAAGGUUCCAGAUACUUCUAAACAGCCUCAAGCUUUUAGAGACUUUGGAUAUUUAGGGCUUAGGCCAAAACCAGACUCGCCCCCUGCAGAGCAUUUAGAGACUGAAAAGACAGAGAAAAGAUCUGAUGGUGUUGAAAAUACAAAGAAAACUUUCACUCAUCACUUGUACCAUUAUUAUGUUCCCAGUGAACAGAGGAAAGGUCCUGCUGUACCCUCACUAUCAGCUUCUAUGCCAUUGUCAACAAGGAGAGACACUGAAAGGUCUUUCAUGCCAAACAGUACAGGAACUGCCCCUAGACUUUAUGGUUCUACUAUUCCAAUAGCCACUACAGCUGAGAGAGAUACUUUAUAUUCAAAACCUGGCCCUUCAAGUUCCCAUACUUAUGACAACCUGGAAAAUCUGAUGGCAGACACGGUUCACAUGUCUCGAGAUGCAGUUCGUAAAAGUCCCACUAAGAGUCCAGUCAUUGAUGUACCUGAUAGAUUAGGUCAGUCACUCAAGGACCUUCAUAGAACAACAGUCCAGUUACGCAAAGAAUCAGACAAAAUUCUUAGAGAGUCCAUUGAGGUGAAAAAUGCAUCACAGAGAGAAGAUGCAAAGUGGAGAAAGCCCAAGAGAAAAGUUUCCUCUCUUGCUGAGAGAUCCACUGAUGAUCCAUAUAAGCCAACAGAUAGAGGGAUGCAUGCAACUGUCCGGACAGAAGUGGGAAAACGAAGAGAAAAGCAAAUGCACCAAGACUUGCAGAGAUAUCUUAAAGAGAAAGAGAAUAUCGAGAACAUCUCCCCAAGAGUUAAUCCCACCAGGGAUGAGGUGUACCUGAGUGAUGAUGAACUGUCUCAGCAUAGUGACAGUUUUUUGGACUACAGAGAGUCAGCUAAAGAAAGGGAAUUUGCCACUGAUGACCUCAGUCCCCUGCGUCCAACAUCCAAGAAAGUUCGUUUUCAGGACAGCCGUCUAAGUUCAGGGGCAGAUGCACAUGCCAGGAUUAGGAGUAGGAUUUUAGAUGAGGACAAUUUGCAAAGGACUAGAACAAGGAUUUUAGAUAGCCAAUAUCGACAAGACCUUGAUGAGUUCAAGGAUGUAAUGGGCCACAAAAUGAAAGUUAUGAAGAAGAAAACCGCAGAAAAAGAAAGAGUCUACAGAAAAGGGGUGCUAAUAGGUCCCCAAAUCUCAAAGUACAAACCCAGUAAAAAGUACACAGCAUCUGUGGUUGGAGGAGAAAGUAGAGGUAGACCUUCCAGUAAGGGGCUGGGAAAGAAAAGCAGAAAAAGAAGUGCAUCAUGCAGUCCUGAUUUUGGCAGAAGACACCCACUCAGGGUUGGUGAAGAUAAUAUUCUGCCCUUCAUGUUGGAAGAGUUUCCCUUCAUCCAUCUGUCUGAACACACAAUCCACAAUGUGUGGAAGAAGAGUUACAGACAAGUAGAGCAGCUGAGUAAAGCAGCGCAAGAGGUCAAGAGGAAAAAAUCUGCUGCGCAGGCUCAGUAUGAAGAAGCAAAGAGAAGACAAGAAGUUCUGAUGAACAUCAUGAAAAAAGAACUCGCUCAUAACCAAAAGAUGUCCUUCCCUGAAAGGAAAGUAAGAACAACAGCCCCUACUUCCACAGUAACAACGGCGUCAACUACAACAGAAAAAAACAGAAGCAGAUUGGUUCACAGUGAAGGAAGGAUGGAUAGACAGAGAGAUGGUUUUUUUCCUGCAAAGGAUCCUAAAGACAGCCCUGUAGUUUCACCCCCAAAGGUUCCAGAUACUUCUAAACAGCCUCAAGCUUUUAGAGACUUUGGAGAUUUAGGGCUUAGGCCAAAACCAGACUCGCCCCCUGCAGGGCAUUUAGAGACUGAAAAGACAGAGAAAAGAUCUGAUGGUGUUGAAAAUACAGAGAAAACUUUCACUCAUCACUUGUACCAUUAUUAUGUUCCCAGUGAACAGAGGAAAGGUCCUGCUGUACCCUCACUAUCAGCUUCUAUGCCAUUGUCAACAAGGAGAGACACUGAAAGGUCUUUCAUGCCAAACAGUACAGGAACUGCCCCUAGACUUUAUGGUUCUACUAUUCCAAUAGCCACUACAGCUGAGAGAGAUACUUUAUAUUCAAAACCUGGCCCUUCAAGUUCCCAUACUUAUGACAACCUGGAAAAUCUGAUGGCAGACACGGUUCACAUGUCUCGAGAUGCAGUUCGUAAAAGUCCCAUUAAGAGUCCAGUCAUUGAUGUACCUGAUAGAUUAGGUCAGUCACUCAAGGACCUACAUAGAACAACAGUCCAGUUACGCAAAGAAUCAAACAAAAUUCUUAGAGAGUCCAUUGAGGUGAAAAAUGCGUCACAGAGAGAAGAUGCAAAGUGGAGAAAGCCCAAGAGAAAAGUUUCCUCUCUUGCUGAGAGAUCUACUGAUGAUCCAUAUAAGCCGACAGAUAGAGGGAUGCAUGCAACUGUCCGGACAGAAGUGGGAAAGUAUGUAUUACGAAGAGAAAACCAAAUGCACCAAGACUUGCAGAGAUAUCUUAAAGAGAAAGAGAAUAUCGAGAACAUCUCCCCAAGAGUUAAUCCCAACAGGGAUGAGAAGUACCUGAGUGAUGAUGAACUGUCUCAGCAUAGUGACAGUUUUUUGGACUACAGAGAGUCAGCUAAAGAAAGGGAAUUUGCCACUGAUGACCUCAGUCCCCUGCGUCCAACAUCCAAGAAAGUUCGUUUUCAGGACAGCCGUCUAAGUUCAGGGGCAGAUGCACAUGCCAGGAUUAGGAGUAGGAUUUUAGAUGAGGACAAUUUGCAAAGGACUAGAACAAGGAUUUUAGAUAGCCAAUAUCGACAAGACCUUGAUGAGUUCAAGGAUGUAAUGGGCCACAAAAUGAAAGUUAUGAAGAAGAAAACCGCAGAAAAAGAAAGAGUCUACAGAAAAGGGGUGCUAAUAGGUCCCCAAAUCUCAAAGUACAAACCCAGUAAAAAGUACACAGCAUCUGUGGUUGGAGGAGAAAGUAGAGGUAGACCUUCCAGUAAGGGGCUGGGAAAGAAAAGCAGAAAAAGAAGUGCAUCAUGCAGUCCUGAUUUUGGCAGAAGACACCCUCUCAGGGUUGGUGAAGAUAAUAUUCUGCCCUUCAUGUUGGAAGAGUUUCCCUUCAUCCAUCUGUCUGAACACACAAUCCAUGAUGUGUGGAAGAAGAGUUACAGACAAGUAGAGCAGCUGAGUAAAGCAGCACAAGAGGUCAAGAGGAAAAAAUCUGCUGCGCAGGCUCAGUAUGAAGAAGCAAAGAGACGACAAGAAGUUUUGAUGAACAUCAUGAAAAAGGAACUUUCUCAUAACCAAAAGAUGCAAGAGGUUAAGGAAAGAAGAGCACAUGAACAAGCUAUGAAGGCUAAGAUCAGAGAAAAACGAAUGCAAUCUGCAAGAGCAAGAAGGUAUUAUGAUGACUACCAAGUUCGCAUGAGAUCCAGAAUGUUGAAGAAAAGAACAAAAGAAGAAAUGAUUUUCAAGAAACUUUUCAAGGAGGGUCUUGAAAUUCAGAAAGAGAGAUUGAGAGACCUUCGCAGCUAUGCCAAAGAGCAAAGAGAAGUAAAAACAAGGCUCCAGCAAAAUGAAAUUGAGUCAUUAGAAAACUUUUAUCGUGACCAGUUUGCAAUGUUAGCAGAGUCUAUGGCCAAGGAGAGAAAGGAACUUCAAGUCAGAGAAAAAGCCCAAGAAAAGGUUUUGUCAAAAAUGAAAGGAGAACUCAGAAAAAAGAUGGAGACAGAGAUCAGGGAGUUCCAGGAGCAGCUGUACAGGGACGAGGAUGAUGUUUACUACAGACAACUGGAUGCUGAUAGAGUGAAGCAUGACCUGCAAGUGGCACAGUACCACUCUAGAUUACUGUAAACUAUUCUUUUCCUAGACCCAACCUCAGCCAAAUUGGGGUUUAUGAUCAAAUACUGUCAUUACCUGUCUUUGUCUUUUACAUUUGUGUAUUGAUGAUGAAAGUACUUUACCAGUAAUUCCCCUGAAAAAUCUUUAGGAAUGGAUGUUAUAAUUUGAUUGGAGACAAAUUAUUGUUCAUUGGUUCAAUGGAUGGAUAAGUGACAGUGGGCACUUAAAAAGUAGAGAGUUAUGAAAGAAACUUUAACUUUUGCUAUUUCCAAAAGUGAAUGUAAACAUUUUGCAAUUCUUUGACAGUCCUACCAAGUCCUUUUCUAAUCAAAAUUUGGGUGCUGUUUAAUUAGAAAUAGCGUUUUUUACUACAGCAGGUUUAAAAGUUUGGUGAAAAGCAUGGAGAUUUGCCUCAAUAAACUAUUGGCUAUAA